AUGACAAAUGAUUGGGCAAAUCAUUUAAAUGGUCAAAUGACCAGGUCAUUUCCGAACACUGCAUUAUCAUACAUCGUUAAACCCUUUAUCAAUCUCGGAGAUGGCAGAUUUCAAGUCCCACGACAUACAAACUCUCCACUCUCUCCUCCUCUUAGUCUUUUUGAGUUUCGUUCAUACUUAUACUUCCGUUUAUUAAUGCAAAACCAUCGCAUAGUUAUUUUUGAAUUACCCGACUUAACACUUGUCGCCGCAGUAAUUUCUUCCAUAAUUAAUUGUCCAGUAAAAACAUAUGAUGAAUGCAUAGCUGAAGGGCGUUCCAGUAAAAAUGAUCCAGCCUCCACAUAUUCUGGUAAAAACGAGAUUGAUGAAGACAAUAGCAAAAUUGACGAAGAUAAUGAAAUUGAUGAACGAUCACGUACUUACCAUCAUCAUCAAACAGUUCCUCCAUACAAUCAAGUUGAUAAUGUCCAACAUCCACAACCCAUUCAAUCUUCGCAACCCAUUCAAAUUUUUUUCAAAUUUUCUGAGGAAAGUCGUUCAAUAUUUAUAUCCCCAGAUAUCACCGUCCUUGAGUUGAAAAAGAAAAUCCAAGCAAUGCUUAACAUUGAUAUGAUAAGUCUCAGUUUUUCAAGUAAGCCACUAGAAGAUCAUAGAACUCUGAAAUCUUACAAUAUAAACCAAAAUGAUAGAGGCGUUAUCAAUUAUUUUGUUCUAAAUAAUCAAUUUGUUGACCCUUAUAAUAAUUGGAACUUAACGGAUAUAAAAAUGGGGAAAAAUUAUAUACGUGGGGGAAGAGUAUAUGCACCACCUUAUGGAUGGAAUAGAAUCGGACUUAAUACUAGGAGGUAUGGUAAAGGUAAAUGGAUGAGUAAUGAUGCUUCAAAAUCAUGGUCAGUCUCCUAUAAUGGCGUUAACAGGGUUAGGGCUGAGAUUACUAUUAUUAGAGGUCAGGAACAGACUAAGCAACAGUUUACAAAAUAUGGAAAAGGAAUAUAUUCAACUCCCGAUAUUAAAUAUGCCGAACAAUAUGCUAUAAUAAGAAGAAAUCAAAUCUUGCAUAAUAAUGAUAGGUAUUUGUACGUUUUUCAAAAUAGAGUUAACCCCAGAGAUUUGGAGGACAGAGGUAUAGAAUGGAUUACGAAAAAAAGUAAUAAUAUUAGGCCUUAUGUGCUGUGCAUUAAAAGAUAUUAUUAG